AUUCACAGGCGUAACGACAGAGGUGGUUCACUGCUCCCGUCCCGUGCAGGCCAACCGCUGAAUUGAAAGAAGCCGACAAACACUCUCUAUCUCUUCUUCUUCCUCCUCGACUUCUCCGAUGCCACCACAGAAGGAGCUCCUGCUCUCACCCAUAACGUUGGGCGGGAAUUGUAGCUCAAUGGGUCCUCUAGCACUCGCAUGCGAUUCAAACGGCUCGUCGGGAGUCCCUUUAGGUACCUGUAAGGGGAAGACUCAGUCCUUGCAGCUGAAGACGCAGGAGUUCUUCGCGUCAGUCAACAUGGGAGAACAAAACCCAUUCGAUUUCUUCCGUACUCUAGUUGAUGGUGUUAUAGCAGGAGGUACUGCUGGUGUUGUUGUUGAAACUGCUUUAUAUCCCAUUGACACCAUAAAGACACGGCUUCAGGCCGCGCGUGGUGGAGGAAAAAUAGACCUGAGAGGCUUGUAUUCUGGGUUGACUGGGAAUCUUGCUGGUGUCUUACCGGCUUCUGCCUUGUUUGUUGGUGUCUAUGAACCAACAAAGCAGAAGUUGCUGAGGAUGCUCCCUGAAAAUCUGAGUGCAGUUGCUCAUUUGACAGCUGGUGCCAUAGGAGGAAUCGCUGCUUCUCUUAUACGUGUUCCAACAGAGGUUGUAAAGCAAAGGAUGCAAACUGGGCAAUUCAAAUCAGCCCCUGAUGCUGUUCGACUUAUCCUCUCAAAAGAAGGUUUUAAAGGGUUUUAUGCUGGAUAUGGGUCCUUUCUAUUGCGAGACUUGCCAUUUGAUGCUGUCCAGUUUUGCAUCUAUGAGCAGCUUAGAAUUGGCUACAGGGUUGCGGCACAAAGAGAUCUGAAUGACCCCGAGAAUGCUAUCAUCGGUGCUUUUGCAGGUGCCCUAACUGGAGCCAUAACAACUCCUCUCGAUGUGAUCAAGACUAGGCUAAUGGUCCAGGGAUCUGCAAACCAGUACCGGGGUGUAUUUGAUUGUGUACAAACGAUUGUGCGAGAAGAAGGGCCUUCUGCUCUUCUCAAGGGAAUUGGGCCGAGGGUACUGUGGAUAGGCAUUGGGGGUUCGAUAUUCUUCGGAGUCCUCGAGAGCACGAAGCGGAUACUAGCUCAAAGGCACUCUUCACUUCCUCCACUUCCGGAAAAGAAGAAGCAUAGCUAAGAGUUAUGUCACUAAUAGAGCUGGUUCUUUACACUGUUUUUGCUCCUCAAAAGAUGAGACCAUCCAUGCCAAAAGCCGAGAAUAAGUAGAAAACAUCCCAGCUUGGGAUAAGCAUAUGAUUAGUGCAUUGAUGCUUGUAUUCAACUUCUUUGGAGGUAACUAUCCAUUGUGACGUGCAAUUUCAUUUUCUCAUCUAUCAGAUGUUCGGUAAGUUGGCAAGCUUA